UAUUUUCCUAGGAUAAUGACAGAGCUUUCAGAACUGCAAGAAUUUUAUGACUCAGAUACAGUAGAACUCAUGAUGUGGGUAAAAAGACAGGCUCCUGUUGCUGCUGUGUUUGCUGGAAGUCCACAGCUAAUGGGUAUGAUUAAGCUGUGUACUGGAUGGAUGGUGACAAGUCUACCUUUAUAUAAUGAUGUUGAUCUUCUACAAAGAAAUGAGAAUAUUUAUCAAAUCUAUUCAAAAAGAUCUGCUGAGGAUAUUUAUAAGAUACUCACAUCCUACAAAGCCACCUACCUAAUUAUAGAGGAUUCAAUUUGCAAUGAGGCUGGACCUGUGAAAGGAUGUAGGGUUAAAGACUUACUGGAUAUUGCUAAUGGUCAUGUGGUUUGUGAUGAAGAUGACAGUUAUGCCCAGUCUAAAUAUGGACGAUUUUGUCAUGAGAUCAAAAUGAACUAUUCUCCAUAUGUGAAUUAUUUUACUCGGGUAUACUGGAACAGAUCCUACUUUGUGUAUAAAAUCAACACUGUGAUAUCCUUCCAAUCUUGAAAAAUCAUGGAGACUUCUUUUUGAAGAUUGACCAUGUGUGGAAUUAAUAGACAUUUCUAUUUUAAAAGUGGCUUUUUUGCAGAUCGAAAUAGGAUCAUGCAGAAUGCUCAUUCUGUUAGUUUACCAAACUGGAAAUGGACUACAGCUCAACAAGCAAGAGUACCAUCCUGUAAGGAAAUGUGAGCACUAGUCAAUUUUACAGUCUCUACAAAGUGUGACCGUCUUCCAUGAUUCUUACAUUAGUUUUUCUCAUUUUGAAUCAUCCUAAUUUUCAUGGAAAUAAAAUGUCUAAUUUAAAUAUUACAACAAAUAAUUAAAUAACUUCUAGAUGGACCUACUUUGGAAAAUACAGAAAACAUUCAGACAUUUGGGGGUGAUUUAAAUUCAAGUUGUUAUACAGCUUUCAUUUUUUAGCAUUUGAAACCAUCAAAGUAUCCCGAGUAAGAGACCAUGCAAAUAGUUCGACUUUCUGUUAAUAGGACUGUCUUUAACUAUGUGCAUUCCUAUUACACACACAUUCAAACAUUUUCUGGGUGUAGGUAUAGCAUUUUUUUUUAUGAGCCAAAUCCUGAAGAUUUUACUUAGACAAAACACCCAUAAAUUUGAAUUCAAUGCACGGACAAAGGGGUCCACCUCCAUGGACAAGUUGGCAGGAUCAGGAUUUUAAUUUGGACUGAGCAGAUCUUUGGGAUUUGGCCACAUUAGAUAAUAUAUUCUUAUUCAUUUUAAUAGAUAUUAUGUAGUUAGUCUUGGUAAAAUAUUGCCACAAAUUUUAUUUAACCCCCCCUACACACACAAUGAAGUCAUAGUAAAACAGUUGAUAACUACUUUUUAAAUAUAUGCAUAUAAUGAAUUAAAAGUAUACUGUCAUGGUAAUUUUUCAAAAUUUUAGAAAAUAUUUUGCCCCCUUUCCCACAUCAUUCUAGUCAGUUUUUUUUAAUGAAGUCUCUAUUUAUGAAAUUUAUUUUGUUGCUUCUUGCUGUGCUUCUGCUAUAAUGGAUGUUUGUUUGCAUCAUAUUUUUGGCCUGAUCUUGGAGUCCUGAAACAAAAUACUGCAAAAGAAAUGGACAUCUUGCCUGAGGACUGCAAAAUCAUUCCCGCUGUGUCUGCUGGAAAAAUGUAAAUCCAAAGAAUUCAAUUUCUAUGAAGUGAGCAUAUACAGCAAGAAUACGGUGCAUGUGUAUGCUUACCAUUUCCUCUGUGCACAUAGGUUUAUUUAUUGUUAUACUAACAGUGCUGCAUUAUCAAACAACUCUGGAGUGAUCUUUUUUUUCAAAAUGCUUUGUUGUUGCAAAUGUCAUCAUAUCUGUAGUCCAGUCUUCAUUUCUAGAUGUGCUAAUUUUUGAGGCCUGAAAACCUUGACAAUGUUUUAAAUUAUCUACUUUAUUUGAAACCAUGGCUCAGAUAAAUCCAUUAAACAAAAUAAUAAUGGGCUUGGUGAUCUGAAGGAAAAAUGAUUUUUAGUAUAAUUGAGUGACAGGGUAUAGUAAUUAGCCUUAUAUCAGAUAUAGCCUUGACAUAUCCAUUAUAUUAAGAAUGGGUGUGGGUGUUUUGUAUAUAAAAUCCACUCACAAUAUGCACUGUGUGUGUGUUAAUACACAAGUGCAUAUGUGUAUCUGCACUGAACAUUUUUCAGACUUUCCAGUCACUACAGUAAGCUAAUGCAUUAUCUUCAGCUACUGGAAGCUGUGGGAACCUUUUAGUGGUCUUUUCUGUGUGUGAUAGAAUGAAUCUAGAUGUGUUUAAUAUGUUGAAAUAACUCUAGAACUCCAUAUGCACUUGGAGUUCAUUAUGAUUGACUGUCAGGGAUGUCAUACCUGUGUCUCAUUCCUAGUAAAUGCAUGAGCCUAAACAUUCAUGAAUUCCAUUUCAUAAUAGCAAUAAGGCUUUCCAGGUAGUGAAUUUCAGGGUGACUGUUGCACUCCUUGGUGGCUGAAGUCACUUAGCCAAUGGCCUCAUGCCUUAUAACAGCAUUCAACGUACAAUAUUUUAAUUAUCCUGCAAUGGACUGCCUAUUGUGUUUUAUGCAGUACUACGUAUGUAUACUACUGAGUAGUACAUAGUAUGAAUACAUACACACAGAAUACAUACGUACAGAAAAAUACAGCUGACGCCCAUUCUACAUAUCUGAAAAUAAAUCCCACCUGUAGCACAUUGGCCUUUAUACAUUUGAAUAGACAUGUUAGCUCUUUUUUGAACUGUGAUAUAAUAUUGUUAAGUGUUGUCAUUCUUUUUAAGUAGUGAUGCUACUUCAGUUGAUUCUGCUUUAGGAGAAUCAAAAACAGGAGGAUUUUUUUUAUGUGUUCAUUAUUAUUUUUAUGUAUAUAUAUUAGAAAAAAUUUUAUCGCAGUAGCAUUGGGUUAUCAAGCUAAAGAAAAUAGAAAACAAGAGUCUUGUAACUGUGGGAAAAUGUAGCCAUAGUAAUCCCUGUAAAAAGGCAAAAAUAUUUAAAUAAUUAACCUAAAACUUUGGUUUGAACAUGCAAUCCAGUUGCUGACCGGCUUAUGAAAUAGCCAAACCAAAAAAAAAAAAGUGUCAUCUACUAAAGGUCUAUUCUAUUUCCCACUUUUUGUGUAGAAUGCAAGUUCUAUGGUGUUGCUGGGAAGGUUUGAAUAGGGAUUUUCAUACAAGUAAGCUGUAGUUAUGCCCUAAUUUGCUUUCCAGCAUAGGUCACUAGCAUUACAAGCCAAGUAAAUGAAUAAAAACUCAUAGUUGUGAGGGUGGGAGAACAUACUGAAAAAUCACAUCUGUUUUACUGUAGAAGUUGCAAUCCAGUUGAAAUAUGUGCCUUGAAAGCUUUAUUAAAUAAACAAAAUCUUUCAACUUG